CGUGUCAGCGGCAGUGUGCAGUGUGAUUGACUGGUCGAUGGGUAAGCCUUACCUGCCCAGGUAGGUAUAUUGAAUGCAUUCACGUGUCCGUCCGGUCACUCACCUUUUCCACACGCACGACAAGCGGGCAGCCAGGCAGGCCGACGCAAACAGAACCCACAAUCACUCACUCCUUCAUCUAGUCCACAUACAGACGACGCACCGCGAAGCACCGCACAGCACCGCAGCCUCUCACUCAGUCAAUCAAUCCAUUCUACAGUCCUCUCUCAGACAGUUCACUCACUGGUUCUGGGGGUUGUUCUUGAGCAGGAAGUUGGCCUGCACCCACACACAACCAACACAAAACAGCACAGCACAACGGCAAAUGGCACCUUGAGUGCAGUAAAGGCAUUGACACUGCCAACACAACACACCAACAGUACCAGGAACUCGAUGGGGUUGGGAGGCCGCUCGGUCGCCACGGCAUUGAGUGCGGGCAGCAGCACCGGCACUAUCAUCUGGUCCAGGUACUGACGGAUGGGCAGCGACUGCGCGUUCAUCGUCGCACCCACAGCACCAGCGCCCUUCUCACCCCCACCAGCAGCGGUGGCCGGCUGUGGACUCUCGAGGACUCCUUUGGCUUCCUGCCCGCCUGACUCCUUGGGGUAGGCUUCGCUGCUGCCCGUUUCCUUGGGCUCCUCAUCGGCAGGGCCUGAUGGGGCGGGAGGCGCCUCGGAGUCACCGACCUCUUCGGACGACAUCUUCUUCAACUAAUACGAUAGGAGACGAACGGGCGGAUGGUUGCUGCUCUCGUGGAGGCGUCAAUAGCAGAGUUUUCC